UAUUUAAUGGAAAAAAAUAUGGUUGGUGAAGGAGAGAAUAAAUGCUUUGGUAAGAAGUACAGACAAGCCAGACACUCUCCUCCAUUACAUAUAGACGAUGAACAAAGCAGGCACGUGCUUCGUCUUCCUUUGGUUUGGUGGAAGCCAGAGAGUGAGAUAAUUUAAUUCGUUCAUCAAGUUACUUUCCAGCCAAGGCACCACUCUCUUCUCUAUAAUGCAAGAUGAGAUUAGAUUAGCCUGAGAACACAUUCCUUAUUCUUUCGUGCAUUUGGUUCGAAAACUUGUAAAACCCCAAAUACUCUGUUUACUGUUCUUGAAUCUGUGAUUCUUUCUUUCUUCUUUUGUCGUUUCUCGAGAGUGUUGACUUUGGUCGGUAAUUGUUUUUUCUAGCCGUUAAGGAUGACUAAAUAUAUGAAGAAGCAGCUCAAAAGUUCUCAGCUUUAGCUCAAUCCCAAUAAAUAUCAAUCGUUUUGCUUCAUAAAUGCAGCUACUUGUUCUUGAUUCUGGUGUUAGAGAACAAAUCCCAAUUUGGAGCUCGGGUUUAAUUUCGGAUUCGGGUUUGGAUCCUGAACAGAUAAUGUCAAUUGGGUGGAUCCGUUUAUGAGCUGAAUAUGAGAAAGAUUCAUCUUUUUCUUGUUUUGGUAAAUUUCAUCUACAUUUCAUCUUCUCUCUCCCAGACAAUCAAUGAGCGAGACAUUUUGCUUCAGUUCAAAGACAGUAUCAGUGACGAUCCGUACAACAGUUUGGCUUCUUGGGUCUCCGACGGUGACCUCUGCAAUAGCUUCAAUGGAGUCACUUGUAACCCACAAGGUUUCGUGGACAAAAUCGUUCUUUGGAACACCAGUCUCGCCGGAACCCUAGCUCCGGGAUUGUCAAAUCUAAAGUUUGUUCGAGUUCUGACCUUGUUUGGCAACAGGUUUACAGGUAAUUUACCGUUGGAUUACUCAAAGUUGCAAACUUUGUGGACGAUUAAUGUUAGUUCCAAUGCGUUGUCUGGUCCGAUUCCGGAGUUUAUCGGUGAAUUGUCUAGCUUAAGGUUUCUUGACUUGUCUAAAAAUGGUUUCACCGGAGAGAUUCCGGUUUCUCUGUUUAAGUUCUGUGACAAGACCAAAUUUGUUUCACUGUCUCAUAACAAUCUCUCUGGAUCAAUCCCUGGUACGAUCGUGAACUGUAACAACCUCGUAGGAUUUGAUUUCUCUUAUAAUAAUCUGAAGGGAGUGUUACCGCCUAGGAUUUGUGAUAUUCCGGUGCUUGAGUAUAUCUUAGUGAGAAACAAUUUGUUGUCUGGUGAUGUCUCUGAGGAGAUAAAGAAAUGUCAGAGGUUGAUUCUUGUCGAUUUCGGAAGCAAUUUGUUUCAUGGAUUAGCGCCUUUUGAGGUUCUUACGUUCAAGAACAUAACUUAUUUCAAUGUCUCUUGGAACCGGUUUGGUGGGGAGAUUGGAGAGAUAGUUGAUUGCAGUGAAAGUUUGGAGUUUUUAGAUGCUUCGUCGAAUGAGUUAACUGGUAGGAUCCCAAAUGGUGUUGUGGGUUGCAAAAAUCUCAAGCUUUUGGAUUUGGAGUCUAACAAGCUGAAUGGUAGUAUCCCUGGAGGUAUCGAGAAGAUAGAGACGCUCUCGGUGAUCAGAUUAGGCAAUAAUUCUAUAGAUGGGGAGAUACCAAGAGAGAUUGGAAGUUUGGAGUUUCUACAAGUUUUGAAUCUGCAUAACCUCAAUCUCAUUGGUGAAGUUCCAGAGGAUAUAUCCAAUUGCAGAGUACUUCUUGAACUAGAUGUUUCAGGUAAUAAUUUAGAAGGAGAGGUCCCUAGGAAGCUAUUAAACUUAACAAACUUAGAGAUUCUUGAUCUGCAUCGAAACCGUCUCAAUGGAAGUAUUCCACCUGAACUUGGAAACCUCUCCAGCAUCCAGUUUCUUGAUCUUUCACAGAAUUCACUUUCAGGUUCAAUCCCGUCUUCCCUCGAGAAUUUGAAUGCACUAACACAUUUCAAUGUCUCCUACAACAAUCUCUCCGGUAUUAUCCCUCCUGUUCCAGUGAUACAAGCUUUCGGAUCUUCUGCGUUUUCAAACAACCCUUUCCUUUGCGGUGAUCCUCUUGUAACUCCCUGCAAUUCUCGUGGGGCUGCAGCAAAAUCCAGAAAUUCUAAUGCUCUAAGCAUUUCGGUUAUCAUUGUUAUUAUUGCGGCUGCUAUUAUCCUCUUUGGUGUCUGUAUAGUGCUUGCUUUGAACAUAAGAGCUCGUAAAAGGAGAAAAGAUGAGGAAAUACUUACAGUCGAAACCACUCCUCUGGCGUCUUCAAUUGACUCUAGCGGUGUGAUAAUCGGAAAGCUUGUUCUUUUCAGCAAGAAUUUGCCGUCAAAAUAUGAAGAUUGGGAGGCGGGUACAAAAGCUUUACUCGACAAAGAAAAUAUAAUUGGCAUGGGGUCGAUUGGAUCUGUCUAUAGAGCAUCUUUCGAAGGAGGGGUUUCCAUUGCAGUGAAGAAGCUUGACACUUUGGGAAGAAUCAGAAACCAAGAAGAGUUUGAGCAAGAAAUCGGACGGCUUGGAGGUUUGCAACAUCCGAAUCUGUCUUCUUUCCAAGGUUACUACUUUUCCUCAACAAUGCAGUUGAUUUUCUCUGAAUUUGUCCCAAACGGUAGCCUCUACGAUAAUCUACACCUAAGAAUUUACCCCGGAACCAGCUCAAGCCAUGGGAAUACCGAUUUGAAUUGGCACAAAAGAUUUCAGAUUGCUUUAGGAUCCGCGAAAGCGCUCUCUUUCCUACACAAUGACUGUAAACCGGCGAUUCUUCAUCUCAAUGUUAAGUCCACCAACAUUCUUCUAGACGAAAGAUAUGAGGCAAAGCUAUCAGAUUAUGGGUUAGAAAAGUUUCUUCCGGUUAUGGACAGCUUCGGUUUGACCAAGAAGUUCCACAACGCGGUUGGGUACAUUGCCCCAGAGUUAGCUCAGCAGAGUUUGAGAGCCAGUGAGAAAUGCGAUGUGUAUAGUUAUGGUGUAGUUCUUCUUGAGCUGGUUACAGGUAGAAAACCGGUGGAGUCUCCAUCGAGAAACCAAGUCUUGAUCUUGAGAGAUUAUGUGAGGGACUUAUUGGAAACUGGUUCAGCUUCUGAUUGUUUUGACAGAAGGUUGAGAGAGUUUGAAGAGAACGAGCUGAUUCAAGUCAUGAAGUUAGGACUCCUUUGUACGUCGGAGAAUCCACUGAAGAGACCGAGUAUGGCUGAGGUUGUGCAGGUUCUUGAAUCAAUCAGAAAUGGAUUUGGAUCAUGAGAAAGCUUUUUCCUUUUGGAGUAAAGAUUGCAUAGAUAUUGUGCAGUGUAGUGUUUAGAGCUUAGAAAGUGGGUUUAAGAGGGGAAUAAGUUUAUUCUUUUGGUGAUUUUUGGGAUUUUCCGGUUUAGAUUUACAUUUGUUCAAUGAGAUUGUUAGUCUGGUUUACACAAUACGGAACCGACUUUUGAGGAAUGUAGAUAAGCAAUUUUCAAUUUUGUGAUUUACAUGUUA